AAAAAACAGUUUUGACAGCUUGGCAUGAAGAAAAUUCCAUUGCAAUUAUUGGUGUUAAAAUUUUAGAAAAAUAUUUUUCAAUUUUAUUGCAUUAAGAGAGAAUUUCAGAACUUUAUUAUAUAAGUAAUCAUGGCUCUGGUAGACGACUUGUGGCGUGAAUGUGCAGCUUGGCUUACCAGAUGUAAAAUAAUACCUCCAGAUCACAAAGCGAAUCAACCAGAUUCCGAGAUAAAAACACUGGCUGCUAUUCUGCGCGAUGGGGUACUGCUGUGCAAUCUGCUGAAUUUUCUAGAUCCGAGCACCUUCGAGAUGAGAGAUUUCAAUCGCAAACCCCAGAUGGCCCAUUUUUUAUGCAUACAAAACAUUAAACUAUUUCUUGAAACAUGUAAAACUAACUUCAACCUUAAAGACUCGGAACUGUUCGAGCCAACGAUGUUGUACGAUCUCACUAAUUUCCACCGUGUUCUGAUAACUUUGUCAAAGCUGUCUCAAAGUCGCAAAGCUCAAAUGGUGCACAACAUACCUGGCUUCAAUUCCCUAAUUUUCCAGUCCGAUAAAAGCAGCUCAAGUGAGGAUAUUUACAAAGAUUUACAUGUCUCAUCUAACUAUUACAGUGCUUCAAAUAGCGCCCUGCAUAGUGGUACAUUCACUAUUAGUCAAUUCAAUGGAAAAUCAUCUUGGAGUUCAGAUGAUGAUACAUUGCUUGAUACAGCUCAACGUGAACAAGACAAUGAAAAAAUUUACGAGGACUUGUGCUACGUAACAUUUUCAUCUACCGUCCCUCAGCUUGCAUCAACGGCCAGUUUCGAACAACGUGAUUUCGUGAUCAAAGAACUGGUAGACACAGAAACGAACUAUCUGGAAGCUUUGAUGGCGUUGAAAUACAAGUUUAUGCAGCCUUUGGAAAGGGUUUUAUCCAAAGAAGCCAUACGUAUAGUUUUUCCUUGUAUUAAGGAAUUGGUUGAUAUCCAUGAAAAAUUCUUGGAUAAACUACGGGAAGCGGUGCAACCUGAUUCAAAAUCGAAACUUAGUUCAGUAUUUCUCGAGUUUAGAGAGCCAUUCCUAAUCUACGGUGAUUAUUGUUCCAGUAUGACGGGUGCUACAGAUAUGCUGCGAGAUGUAUGUAAAAAGAUGUCAAACGUAGAGCAAAUUAUUAAUCAAUGCCAAAAGGAACAUAGUGGAGGACGAUUGCAGCUACGUGACAUUCUUUCUGUGCCAAUGCAACGAAUUUUGAAAUAUCAUCUUCUUCUAGAUAAACUGGUACAAGAAACAAAUCCGUCGCAUGAAGAUUUUCGAGGCCUUGAACGAGCUAAAGAGGCAAUGGUGGAUGUAGCUCAAUAUUCCAAUGAAGUUAAGCGCGAUUCUGAACACCUAGUUGUGAUUCAAAAAGUAAAGGAAAGUAUACUAGAUCUGAAUCUACCAAAUGGCAAUAAUCUGGAGCAGUACGGUCGUUUGUUGUUAGAUGGAGAUUUAAACAUCAAAGCUCAUGAAGAUCAGAAGACUAAACAUCGUUAUGCUUUUGUUUUUGAGAAAGUUAUGAUAUUGGUCAAAAAUUCGAACGCAAAGAUAGGGGAAGGGCAAUACGUCUUCCGGGAAGCGCACAACCUGCAGGAAUAUCGUGUGGAAAUUUGCCAUUCUCGAAGAACAUUGGGAAGGGAUGGAAGACUAAAAUAUUCACUACUUCUAGCUAGAAAAACUCAGUCGACGGCAUUUACCUUAUACAUGAAAACGGAAGAAGAAAGGGAUAAAUGGAAACGAGCAUUGGAUAUUGCUAUGGAAGUAAUAGACCCGAUAGGCUGUCGUAAUACAGAUCAUCGUUUCUACGUGUACACAUUUGAUAGCCCGAUCAUAUGCAGGCAUUGCUCGAAAUUUUUAAAAGGAAAAAUUCACCAAGGCUACCGAUGUUUAAGUUGUGAAGUAGUAGUUCACAAAGGUUGCAUUUCGUCCACUGGAAGGUGCAGACAAAAUCAAUCGCCACCACCGGUUUGCGACAGGUUGUUAUCCGAAUUUAAUUGGUUCGUUGGGUCAAUGGAUCGGGAUACAGCCACCAAUAAGCUCGAGAGGAAAAAGAUAGGCACUUAUUUGUUAAGGGUCCGUCCACAAGGAGCAUCGAAUUCUUAUGAAACAAUAUACGCACUGAGUUUGAAAACCGAUAACAAAAUAAUCAAGCAUAUGAAAAUUUAUCAAAAGCAAGAAAAUCUUACUGUAUUAUACUAUUUGUCGACAAGAAGACAUUUUAAAACAAUAGUAGAACUUGUCUCGUUCUACGAACGAAAUGAUCUUGGAGAAAAUUUUGCGGGUUUAAACCAAUCGCUGCAAUGGCCAUUCAAAGAGGUGACAGCAACGGCAUUAUAUGAUUUCUCUCCAAAUGAACCCAAUCAAUUGCCUUUACGACAGGGCUGUCAAGUGAUUGUCAUAGGGAAAGAAGGCGACAGCAAAGGUUGGUGGCGAGGGAAAACUUUAGAGAAGGUCGGUUUCUUUCCGAAAGAGUAUGUUCGUGAAAACCCACCCUCGAUUGAUGAUCAAUGACAUUAUGAAUAUUUUGUUUAUAUCAAGCCAUCUACGAAUCGUAGGAAUCUCUAAGUCUCAUGUUUUAAGAGGUUUGUUAAGAAAUUUUAACAAAUAUUAGAACUAUUUAUGUGGACGUAGUACACAAAACGUAAAUCUGGUUAAUGUUCAACGUAUAUAUCGUCUACCUACUUGGAUAAUGCAUCAAGUAUUUCAGUCAUUGAUUGGUUUACCUGUUACAGUUUACCAAAUAAAAAGUUUCAUUUAUUGGACAACCUUCAUGUUAACUAUCUUGUCGAAA